AUGAGAGCACUUACUGAGGAGUGCAGCACAAUAAUUCAAAAGAAGUUACCUCCCAAGCUCAAGGAUCCGGGUAGUUUCAACAUUCCUUGUACUAAAGGGAAUGUGGUUUUUGACAGAGCACUGUGUGAUUUAGGGGAAAGUGUGAAUUUAGUGCUUCUAUCUAUUCAUCGAAAACUAAAAUUGGGAGACGCUAAGCCAACAACUGUAAUGCUUCAGAUGAUAGAUCGCUCAGUCAAAUACCCUCGAGGAGUGAUUGAGGAGGUUCUAGUAAAGGUGGACAAAUUCAUUUUCCCUGGGGAUUUCAUUAUUCUUGAUAUGGAGGAGGAUGGAAACAUCCCAAUCAUUUUUGGAAGACCAUUCUUGGCUACUGGGAGAUCAUUAAUCGAUGUGCAAAAAGGAGAAUUACAAUUGCAAGUGCAAAAAGAGGAAGUGACAUAUAAGGUGUUUGCAGCAUCUGAAAUUCCUACUUGA